AUGCUCUCAGGAUGUGUGAUCUGCCUCCUGUCGCUCUCGGGGGCCCUGGCCCUGACCCAGAUCCUGGAGGGUCCCCACUCCCUGCGGUAUUUCCGCACCGCCGUGUCCGGGCCCAGCAGCGGGGAGCCCCGCUUCAUCACCGUCGGCUACGUGGACGACACGCAGUUCGUGCGCUUCGACAGCGACUCGGCAAGUCGGAGGAUGGAGCCGCGGGCGCCGUGGGCGGAGCAGGAGGAACCCGAGUACUGGGAGCAGGAGACGCGGGUCGCCAGGAACAACGCAAAGAAUUACCGAGUGGCCCUGGGCAACCUGCGCGGCUACUACAACCAGAGCGAGGAGGGCUCUCACACAUACCAGAGCAUGUAUGGCUGUGACGUGGGGUCCGACGGGCGCUUCCUGCGCGGGUACACUCAAUACUCGUAUGACGGCGCCGACUACAUCGCCCUGAACGAGGACCUGUGCUCCUGGACGGCGGCGGGCACGCAGGCUUGGCGAACCCAGCAAAAGUGGGAGCAGGCGGGUGCGGCUGAGCAUCGUAAGAACUACCUGGAGAACAUCUGCGUACAGGGGCUCCUCAGAUACCUGGAGAACGGGAAGGACACGCUGCUGCGCGCAGAAGCCCCCAGAAGGCAUAUAACCCACCACCAUUACUCUGAACGUGAGGUCACCCUAAGGUGCUGGGCCUUGGGCUUCUACCCUGCCGAAAUCACCCUGACCUGGCAGCGUGAUGGGGAAGACCUUACCCAGGACACAGAGCUGGUGGAGACCAGGCCUUCAGGGGAUGGAACCUUUCAGAAGUGGGCGGCUGUGGUGGUGCCUUCUGGAGAGGAGCAGAGAUACACGUGCCAUGUGCAGCACCAGGGGCUGCCAGAGCCUGUCACCCUGAGAUGGGAGCCCCCUUCUCAGUCCACCAUCCUCUCUGUGGAGAUCAUUGUUGGCCUGGUUCUCCUCGGGGCUGUAGUCUCUGGAGCUUUGGUGGCAGCUGUGAUCUCCAGGAAAAAAUGCACUGGUGAGAAAGGAGGAAAGUACACUCGGGCUCGGGCUGCAAACAGCGAAAGUUCCCAGGGCUCUGAUGCGUCUCUAUCAAUCCCUAGAGUGUGAGACAGCCUCCCCACUGGGUUUCCUCACAUUGCAAUGUUGUGACUUAAGAACUGCUGAUUCUCUUCCUAACAUGGGACCUGAGUGUGUCUAUGUCCUGUCAUAUAUUGUGAGGGGGGAGACUGGCCCACCCCUGCCCAUCAGGGGCUCCCCAUACUGAUCUGCAUUCUCUUCCCUGAUGCUCUGGGCUGUGCCAGCAGAGACAGGACUCAGCAGUCUCCAUCUGUAUUAGCCUCUUGUUUUCCUGAAUAAUGAAAUCAGCAUCACAUUUGCAUUUUUCUUAUUCGCUGUUUUGUGGGAUUGAGGGGUUAAUAAAGGAAAUCCC